CGGGGGCGGCGGGCUGAGGGCGCGCGGAGCCUGCGGCGGCGGCGGCCCGGCGGGCUGAGCGGCGCGGGCAUGGCCGCGCGCGGCCGGCGCGCCUGGCUCAGCGUGCUGCUCGGGCUCGUCCUGGGCUUCGUGCUGGCCUCGCGGCUCGUCCUGCCCCGUGCUUCCGAGCUGAAGCGAGCGGGCCCACGGCGCCGCGCCAGCCCCGAGGGCUGCCGGUCCGGGCAGGCGGCGGCUUCCCAGGCCGGCGGGGCGCGCGGCGAUGCGCGCGGGGCGCAGCUCUGGUCGCCCGGCUCGGACCCAGAUGGCGGCCCGCGCGACAGAAACUUUCUCUUCGUGGGAGUCAUGACCGCCCAGAAAUACCUGCAGACCCGCGCCGUGGCCGCCUACAGAACAUGGUCCAAGACAAUUCCUGGGAAAGUUCAGUUCUUCUCAAGUGAGGGUUCUGACACAUCUAUACCAAUUCCAAUAGUGCCACUACGGGGUGUGGAUGACUCCUACCCGCCCCAGAAGAAGUCCUUCAUGAUGCUCAAGUACAUGCACGACCACUACUUGGACAAGUACGAAUGGUUUAUGAGAGCAGAUGAUGACGUGUACAUCAAAGGAGACCGUCUGGAGAAUUUCCUGAGGAGUUUGAAUAGCAGCGAGCCCCUCUUUCUUGGGCAGACAGGCCUGGGCACCACGGAAGAAAUGGGAAAACUGGCCCUCGAGCCUGGUGAGAACUUCUGCAUGGGGGGGCCUGGCGUGAUCAUGAGCCGGGAGGUACUUCGGAGAAUGGUGCCGCACAUUGGCAAGUGUCUCCGGGAGAUGUACACCACCCAUGAGGACGUGGAGGUGGGAAGAUGUGUCCGGAGGUUUGCAGGGGUGCAGUGUGUAUGGUCUUAUGAGAUGCAGCAGCUUUUUUAUGAGAAUUAUGAACAGAACAAAAAGGGGUACAUUAGAGAUCUCCAUAACAGUAAAAUUCACCAAGCUAUCACAUUACACCCCAACAAAAACCCACCCUACCAGUACAGGCUCCACAGCUACAUGCUCAGCCGCAAGAUCGCCGAGCUCCGCCAUCGCACAAUACAGCUGCACCGUGAGAUUGUCCUGAUGAGCAAAUACAGCAACACAGAAAUUCAUAAAGAGGACCUCCAGCUGGGAAUCCCGCCCUCCUUCAUGAGGUUUCAGCCCCGCCAACGAGAGGAGAUUCUGGAAUGGGAGUUUCUGACUGGAAAAUACUUGUAUUCAGCAGUUGACGGCCAGCCCCCUCGAAGAGGAAUGGAUUCCGCUCAGAGGGAAGCCUUGGACGACAUUGUCAUGCAGGUCAUGGAGAUGAUCAAUGCCAACGCCAAGACCAGAGGGCGCAUCAUUGACUUCAAGGAGAUCCAGUACGGCUACCGCCGGGUGAACCCCAUGUACGGGGCUGAGUACAUCCUGGACCUGCUGCUUCUGUACAAAAAGCACAAAGGGAAGAAAAUGACAGUCCCUGUGAGAAGGCACGCGUAUUUACAGCAGACUUUCAGCAAGAUCCAGUUUGUGGAGCAUGAGGAGCUGGAUGCACAGGAGUUGGCCAAGAGAAUCAAUCAGGAAUCUGGAUCCUUGUCCUUUCUCUCAAACUCCCUGAAGAAGCUUGUCCCCUUUCAGCUCCCUGGGUCGAAGAAUGAGCACAAAGAACCCAAAGAUAAAAAGAUAAACAUACUGAUUCCUUUGUCUGGGCGUUUCGACAUGUUUGUGAGAUUUAUGGGGAACUUUGAGAAGACGUGUCUUAUCCCCAAUCAGAACGUCAAGCUCGUGGUUCUGCUUUUCAAUUCUGACUCCAACCCGGACAAGGCCAAACAAGUUGAACUGAUGAGAGAUUACCGCAUUAAGUACCCUAAAGCCGACAUGCAGAUUUUGCCUGUGUCUGGAGAGUUUUCAAGAGCCCUGGCCCUGGAGGUAGGAUCUUCCCAGUUUAACAAUGAAUCUUUGCUCUUCUUCUGCGACGUCGACCUCGUAUUUACUACAGAAUUCCUUCAGCGAUGUCGAGCAAAUACAGUUCUGGGCCAACAAAUAUAUUUUCCAAUCAUCUUCAGCCAGUAUGACCCAAAGAUUGUUUAUAGUGGGAAAGUUCCCAGUGACAACCAUUUUGCCUUUACUCAGAAAACUGGCUUCUGGAGAAACUAUGGGUUUGGCAUCACGUGUAUUUAUAAGGGAGAUCUUGUCCGAGCGGGCGGCUUUGAUGUUUCCAUCCAAGGCUGGGGGCUGGAGGAUGUAGACCUUUUCAACAAGGUUGUCCAGGCAGGUUUGAAGACGUUUAGGAGCCAAGAGGUAGGAGUAGUCCACGUCCACCAUCCUGUCUUUUGUGAUCCUAAUCUUGACCCCAAACAGUACAAAAUGUGCUUGGGGUCCAAAGCAUCGACCUAUGGGUCCACACAGCAGCUGGCUGAGAUGUGGCUAGAAAAAAAUGAUCCAAGUUACAGUAAAAGCAGCAAUAAUAAUGGCUCAGUGAGGACAGCCUAAUGUCCAGCGUUGCUGGAAAAGACAUUUUUAAUUAUCUAAUUUAUUUUUCAAAAAUGUUUUGUAUGAUCAGUUUUUGAAGUCCAUAUACGAGGAUAUAUUUUACAAGUGGUUUUCUUACAUAGGACUCCUUUAAGAUUGAGCUUUCUGAACAAGAAUGUGAUCAAUGUUUGCCUUUGAACACAUCUUCUUGCUGAACAUUAUGUAGCAGACCUGCUUAACUCUGACUUGAAAUGUACCUGGUGAACAAAACUUUUUUAAAGAAAUGUUUUCUUUUGAGACCCUUUGCGCCAGUCCUGUGGCAGAAAACGUGAACAUUCCUGCAAAGUAUUAUUGUAACAAAACACUGUAACUCUGGUAAAUGUUCUGUUGUGAUUGUUAACAUUCCACAGAUUCUA